AUGUUUGGGAUCCAAGAUACGUUAGGAAGAGGGCCGAUCCUGAAAGACAAGGUGCUGGGGUCGGAGAUGGAUCCGGUCCGCUCUUGGGUCAGGAACGUUGGCGUGGUGGAUGCCAACAUCGCCGCUCAAAGCGGCGUGGCGUUGUCUCGAGCCCACUUCGAAAAACAGCCUCCCUCCAACUUGAGGAAAUCCAACUUCUUCCACUUCGUCUUGGCUCUCUACGACCGCCAGGGUCAGCCCGUGGAAAUCGAGCGGACGGCGUUCGUGGACUUCGUGGAAAAUGACAAAGAACAAGGCAACGAAAAGACAAAUAAUGGGACACACUACAAAUUGCAGCUUCUGUACAGCAAUGGUGUCAGGACUGAACAAGAUCUAUUUGUCAGACUCAUUGAUUCAGUCACAAAACAGCCCAUCGCCUAUGAAGGACAAAACAAGAACCCGGAAAUGUGCAGAGUUCUACUCACCCAUGAAGUUAUGUGCAGUCGUUGCUGUGAAAAGAAGAGCUGUGGAAAUCGUAACGAGACUCCCUCAGACCCCGUGAUCAUUGAUAGAUUCUUCUUAAAAUUCUUCCUCAAGUGCAACCAGAACUGUUUGAAGACUGCAGGAAACCCUCGAGAUAUGCGACGAUUCCAGGUUGUAUUAUCAACAACAGUGAAUGUUGACGGGCAUGUCCUGGCAGUAUCAGACAAUAUGUUUGUUCACAACAACUCAAAACAUGGGCGAAGAGCAAGGAGACUUGAUCCUUCAGAAGCCACCCCAUGCAUCAAAGCAAUUAGUCCAAGUGAAGGCUGGACCACUGGUGGAGCAAUGGUGAUCAUUAUAGGGGACAACUUUUUUGAUGGGCUUCAAGUCGUAUUUGGGACCAUGCUUGUGUGGAGUGAGCUGAUCACCCCACAUGCCAUCCGUGUCCAAACACCACCUCGUCACAUCCCUGGCGUGGUUGAAGUAACAUUAUCGUACAAAUCCAAACAAUUUUGCAAAGGAGCUCCUGGUAGAUUUAUUUAUACAGCUUUAAAUGAGCCAACCAUAGACUAUGGUUUCCAAAGACUCCAGAAGGUCAUCCCGAGACAUCCUGGUGAUCCAGAAAGACUAGCAAAGGAGAUGCUUUUGAAACGAGCAGCUGACCUAGUCGAAGCACUGUAUGGGACACCACAUAACAAUCAGGACAUUAUUCUGAAGCGAGCUGCUGAUAUUGCGGAAGCUCUCUACAGUGUCCCAAGAAAUCCAGGUCAGAUCCCUACUUUGUCCAGCUCUCCUGCUCACAGUGCCAUGAUGGGCAUCAACUCCUAUGGCAGCCAGUUGGGAGUCAGCAUCUCUGAGUCCACACAAGGGAAUAAUCAAGGCUACAUCCGCAACACAAGCAGCAUAUCUCCACGAGGUUAUUCCUCCAGCACAACCCCUCAGCAGUCUAAUUACAGCACCCCCAGUAACAGCAUGAACGGCUACAGCAAUGUCCCCAUGUCCAACUUGGCUGUUCCCAGUUCACCUGGAUUUAUUAAUGGUUCUCCCACAGGAUCGCCCUAUGGCUUGAUGUCUUCAAGCCCCACAGUUGGUUCUUCAAGCAGUUCCUCCAUCCUUCCAUUCUCCUCCUCUGUCUUUCCUGCUGUCAAACAAAAGAGUGCCUUUGCUCCUGUCAUCCGACCCCAGGGGUCCCCUUCCCCAGCGUGCUCCACUGGCAAUGGAAAUGGGUUUAGAGCCAUGACUGGUCUUGUUGUACCUCCAAUGUGAAGAGAAGAGAAGGCAUUGCUGGGAUUUCUUCCCUGCCUCCCCCGGUCCUUUUUUUUUUUUCUACAGCACAAAACUACUUAUUUGUUACGGACCUUAAAAAAAAAAAAAAAAGCUCUAGAAGCUCAAUCGAUGGGGGAAGCCAUGUGCCAGAAGGAACGGAAAUUUUACAGCGUUACAAAGAGGCUGUUGCAAGUUGAAGACAUCAAUACCCGAGAACAUUUUUUUUUUAAAGAAAAAUAGGAAUUGGCCAAGAUCCAGAUGUAUGCAGGUUAUGGGAUUGUAUAUGGAGCACAAGCUUUUCUUUUCCUUUUGUUCUCUUUCCUUGUGGACUCAAAACCUUCCUAAUGUUUAUAGAAUAUAAAAAGAAGGAACAGGUUGGCCAACCAUUCGAGCUUGAUAUUUUGGAUACUCUUUGUUUUUCUUUGUAGGGAAAAAAAAGUCGAAGUUUCUAUUUUCUAUGGAGCCUUUCAGAUACCAAUUUAGUUUAUGCAGAAAAAAAAAAAGAAAUCUCAAAACAGGGUACCAGCAUGAGGGACUUUCCUAUAAAACCGAUAUGCUGAUAUGAGUGGUGGAAUGUUGGACGUGUGUAUGUGUAUUGACUUAUAGUUUAAUCUCUUUUCAAAUGAAAAAAAUGUAAGAUGUUUUACAAUUAUUUAAAUAAAUAAACUUGUAAGUU